AUGUAUAUCAUCGUCACAAUCGCGGACUUGAUCCAAAUCUCACCACAAGACUUCGAAAAGCGCAGCGCGCAAGCAAUCGAAGACAACAUCAACGCCAAAUAUGCCGACAAAGUAAUCCACCGCGUCGGCCUCUGCGUAGCCCUCUACGACAUACUCCAAACCAGCGAAGGUCUCAUCGGCCACGGCACCGGCAUCGUAAACGUCAAUGUCGACUUCCGCAUGAUUGUCUUCCGACCCUUCAAGGGCGAAAUUCUGAUGGGCAAAAUCCUCUCCGCCUCCGAUAUGGGAGUUAGAAUCUCCAUGGGCUUUUUUGAUGAUAUCUUUGUGCCGGCCCCGGGGAUGCUGUUUGAUCCUGCAAAGUAUAUCCAGACUGAGGAUGAAGAGUGGGUGUGGGUCUGGGAGUCUUCGCCGGAGAAUUUGCUUUACUUUGAUGUUAACGAAAUGGUUCGCUUCCGCGUCGAGGCGGAGACGUGGACGGAUCUGUCUCCUGAGAAGCAGCCUGCACCUGGCGAGGAGGUCGAAGUUUACAGACGCUCACCAUACGAAAUUACUGUGAGUGGCAACGAGGACAUACGAACCGUCAAACGGCAUGCUGACUUCGAGAAUAGGNCAUCCAUGCAACUCAGUGGUCUCGGCCCAGCUCUCUGGUGGAAAGAGCCCGAUGAGGAAGAAGUGGCUGAAGACGAAGAGGGACUCGAUGGUGGCGCAGAAGACAUGAAUGGCGAUGCUGUCGAUGAGAUGGAUGAGGGAGCU